UCUCGCCUCCCAGGCGGCAGGCGCUCCAUAUUUCCCACCCUUCUGACCCCGCCGCCGCGGCCAUGGAGAUCACGCUUCCGCUUCUGCGGUUGUUCUGGUCUGGAGACCAGCCGCAUGACCCGUCGCAUCACCAGCACCCGGUCCUGGAGAACGCUGUACUUUCAGCAGCAGCUGGAGGAUCUGUGAUCCUUCUAUUUUUGCCUCUCGUUGUCUGGUUUUGUACCAAAUCUAUGGAGAGAACUCUCAGGGUGGUGAGUACAUCUUCCAUGUGGGCUGCAGUUCUCAACAGUAUGGUCUGGGUCUUCUUUACCAUGGUCGUGAUGGAUAAGGAGGACUGCAUGGAGCUUGUGCUCGCAUAUCCGAUCGUCCUAGCUUCCAACUUCAUAUACCUGAUGAUCGUCUAUGGAUUUAUCAACAGCUUUAAAAUGGCAGCACUGAGUAGCCUUGUCACUUUAUCACUGGGUUAUGUUUUCUAUGCGAUACGAUUUCAUCCUGAUAUUCCUGAGAGCUGGGAGAUGCUUGGCUUGCUUGCGCUAUGUUCCCUGGGAUGGUCACAUGCAUGUUUAAUCUGUGACAUUCGUCUCAUAGCAGGACUGCUCCAUUAUGUGAUUUAUUGUAUAAAUGUUGUCCUCAGCACCGCCUUAAAUGGAGCGACCUUUUAUGUCAUUGCCAAAAACCACCCAGAUCAGCAAUUUGUUGUAUAUUCGUCACUGAUGGGGUUUGUGCUCGGCUUCGUGGAAGUCAUGAUUCUGAUAAAAAAAACUUGUUGAUGACAACUUCUUUCGAGCUCCCAACGAUCAUGCUCCUGGGAAUGGCAACAAUGGUGGCGACAAUGCCAAUGGCAAUAAUCUGCAAGGAGCUGGUGGCGACAAUGCCAAUGUCAACAAUCCGCAAGGUGCUGGUGGCAACAAUGCCAAUGUCAACAACC